ACCUAGAAAGUUGCUUUAAUUAUAUAUUUUUCUAAUAUUUGUGUUUAUAAUUUGAUUUAAAUUUACAAUUUGUUCCAUUAAAAUUAAGUUAAACCGUUAAUUUGGUUUUUACCGCUUAUUGGCAACUCUUAUAAAAAAAUAAACCUAAGUUUAUCUGGCAACUUUAUAAUUUUAUUAAAUAAAUUUUUGAAACACCCUGUUCCGUCACUACUAAGCACCGUUAUAAUAGGCUGUCAAAAGCAAAAAUCACAAGUUAAUUUUCUCUAGCAGGACGUUCAAGUUAUUAAAAUACAAGUUAAUCUAUUUGAAAAUCUUUAUAAUUUUGUUUUAAAUGUGUUUGAUGAUAUUCAUUUCGAGAAUGCUGUUUACUAUGACAAAUGCUGUAAGGAUGAGUUAAUAAAUAUAUUGGUUGAAUUUUUUGCCUAUGUACGCAGAUAGUUUAAUGGAGGUCAAAACCAUUAUGUCGGACAAUUGAAAAUUUGUUUUCGUCUAUUGACAACACUUUUAUAAAAUAAAGCUAGCAGUAAGUCUGGCAACUUUAUAAUUAACUAAAUUUUUGAGACAUCCUGUGCAGUCAUUACUAAGCACCGUUAUAACCCGUCUUAAAACUAAAAAAUUUUUACAAGUUAAUUCUCCGCUUUAAAAAUAAGCAAUUUUACGUUCUGCCUGAUAAUGGACGCUAAUUUUUCUUAUAUAACACGUCACGAUAUUGUAAACUUUCCAUUUCCUUACAAACUUUGGUUGGUAGUGCAUUUAGAGUAUUGUGAUUUUUUACGUUGGAAUCGUGAUGGUACCGUCAUACUUUUAGAUUUAGUGGCUCUCGAAGACUACCUAAACUCUUCGCGUUCUAUAUUUAAAAUCAAAAACAGUUCCAGCUUUCUGUAUCACCUGGUAGAAUUUAAAUUUGAACGUUUAAAUGCAACACCAGAAGCUGAGGAAGAUCUGUUGCUACAAUAUAGAAAUGAGAAUUUUCAACGUCAUCGCCUAGACUUGUUGGCCAAAAUAAGAAGGCACACAUAUCAAUUAAUUGGUCAAGAGCAUUCAAAUGGUAAUGCAGAAAGUAGUGAAAACUCCAAAAUAAAUGCAAAUAAUUCUAAAGCUCAAAGUUCUAAUAUAUCAAAACGCGUGUCCGACAGAAUGUUAGGUGAUUUGUGUUUUAUGUUUCAUGGCGGUCUGUCAAAAAUCAAAAGGAGCCGAUUACGUUUUCAAACUGUUUUACAUUUUCACAAUCAAAAGCGUAUAUUGAAGAAAAAGCUUCAAGCAUCAGAAGUUCAACAAUCCUGUAAGCUAAAAAAUGAUGUUUCGGUACGUUCUGCAGCAGGAACUUCUUUAGCAGAAGACGAUCAAGUUAUUGAAUUACCAGUUGAUCUAUUUGAAAAUCCACAUGAUUCUGUUUUAAAUUUGGGUGAUGAUUUUCAUCCUGAGUAUGCUGGUUACUAUGGUAAUUGCAGUAAGGAUCAGUUAGUAAAUUUCUUUGGAGAAUAUUUACCUAUGUACGAGGAUGGUUCAAUGGAAGUCAAGAAAAUUGUGUCGGACAAUGGGACCAUAAAUGCUGAACCAAAUUUAAUACAAUAUACCGCCACUCCUAAUGUUACUGUCAAAUCGAAUGUAUUUAUUUCAACUCCCAUUAUCCAAAAUUCCACAUACAAUUUAAAUUUUUCUUCGAAUUUCGAACCUAUUUAUAUUAACAAUGAUAAUGCAGAAAAUAUCAAUCCAAAUGUUAGCAACAUUACUGGCGAUAUAGCAAUAAAUCAAUUAAAUACUAAUAAUAAUGGUUUGGAAAAUGAAGUUGAUAUAUCAAUGGAAGAAUUUAUUAAAUUUAAAGACUCACGUAGUGCUAAAUUUUCAAACAAUUGUGAACAAACAAAUAGCGUUAAUAAUUUAAAUGAAAAUUAUAAAUCUAUUGAAGAAGAACAAGUGGAUACAAAAAUAUUUCCACAAAUGCCAACAUCGGUACAAUUGGAAAUAAACGAGGAUGUCAAAGAGAAUGAAGCAAAUUUCCGUAAUUUCUUUAGUCAAUACCGGGCUUCGUUAAAUUUAUUGUAUGAUCGCCAGUAAAUAUACUUGUUUUUGUGUUUAAUACUGUAACUGUUAAAUUCGUUUAAUUCGUAUUUAUAAUUGUAGUUGAUAUUGUAUUUUAUUAUUAACGUUUGUGUUGUAGUUAUGUUUGUUGUUUCGUAUUAAACUAUUUUAUUGUUGGUUUUAUUAAUUUUUGUAACAUUAUUAGUUUAUUAAUACU